GGGUCCCGAAGCGUGCGCCUUCCAGCCCGGGCAGCUCUGGCCCCCCGGGCUGGACCGACCGGACCUGAGGGGCCCAGGACCCGGCAGCAACUGCUGGCACAGCCGCAGGAAGUCACUGCGCCCGGCCGUCCUCCCCAGGCAGGGAACUCGCUCCCCACCCGAGGACGGAGGAGCCACGAGCCGUGUUUGGAAGUCUGCGCGGACACCUGUCUCUUGGCCGUGAACUCACUCAGGCUUCCCUUUGCUGCUGUGAGGACUAUACUACUUCUCCCAGGCUCUCUCCAGAGCACAUGUGGAGUCCCAGGGCUGACGAUGUCACCGCCCGUCAUGGAGGGCCCGGUGGACGUGGCUGGUGAGGGGCUGGCCCCGAUGGGGAGGGGGCCUGCGGGGCCCUCGGGGGACAGCGGCAGCCGCCACAGGGUCCAGAGAGCUGCCGUGAGCACGUCAGUCGUCUGGGAGCGAGCGGGACCCGAGGACGCCGAGGCUCUGGUCAGGGGCGACCUGACGUUGCAGCUGCAGGCCGUGCGGAGGAAGACGGGGCUGCCGGACCCCAGCCUGCAGCAGGCCGUGCGGGCGCGGCUCCGCCUGCUGGAGAAUGACAGCCGGGAGGUGGCCAGCGUGCUGGGGGAGUUAUCGGCCAGGCUGCUGUCUAUCCACAGUGACCAGGCUCGGAUCAUGGUGACGUUUAAGACUUUCGAAGAGAUCUGGAAGUUUUCCACCUACCACGCUCUGGGCUUCACUCACCACUGCCUGGAAAACCUGCUGGUGGACCAGGCCUUCUGGCUGCAGGCGCCCAGCGAAGACGGGGAGGCGACGGUCCGCGUGCACGUGGACCAGGAGGCCCUGAGGCUGACGCAGCAGAGCCUCCUGGCCCAGGAGGGUCCUUUCUUUGUCCUGUGUCCCGACCACCAUGUGAGAGUGAGCACCGGCCCCCGGGGUGCGGGCCCGCAGCCACCGAGACGAGCCCCGGGGGUCCCCCAGGAGGAAGCCGCCCCCACCACGGACUCCACCGCGCCCCGCCCCGGCUCGAGCUCCGAGGACGUGGUCGCGGGGGCCGCUCCGGAACCUUUGAUUCCGUUUCAUCAGUGGGCUCUUAGGGUCCCCUGGGACCCCAUCGACGACUCCGUGUUUGGCCCCGUGACAUCGGACAUUCCACUGAUGGCCGUGGGCCUGGCCUCAGCAGUGGCAGACUACCAGGGCUCCGGGCCUGAAGAGAUGACCUUCCGAGGCGGUGACGUCAUCGAGAUCCUGGGCGCCCAGGUGCCCGGCCUGCCCUGGUGCCUGGGCCGGCACACGGCCUCGGGCCAGGUCGGGUUUGUGCGGACGAGUCUCGUCAAUGUGCAGGGCCAAGUGUCUGAGCUGGAAAAAGUGCUUUUUCUCAAUGAGGAAGAAAGGUCAUUCUUCAGCAAUGAAGGACGCUUCUCUGACGAGGAGGCUAGGCAGUUACUGAGGAGGGUGUCUGGUGAGGACGUCUGCAGCGUGUACACCUUGGACAGAUUAGGAGAAGCCGACUGUGAGCCUCUGGAAGAGCAAGAAGUGCCUCCACCUCACCCGAACCCAGAGCCACGCGAGACCCUGCAGAAGGUGAAGAAUGUUCUAGAACAAUUCAAAUCCCGCCAGGACUGCCCUGAGGAGCCAGCGUCCUGGGGUCUCUGCACGGCAUCCAGUGGCGCACACUCCCCAGACCCGGAGGAGCCCCCCUUGUGCUUGAACUCGGGAGGCACCCAAACUCCUCACCAGCACUUGCAGACUCCCGGUGCCCUCGCUGGACCGGCCUCCCCACGGGAUGUAGCAGGAAGUGUCCCCACUGCACAGGGACUGAACAAAGCCAGUCCCUCUGGGAGGGCCGAGGUGGGAGAGAGGAGAGAGUCACCGGCACAUGCACUGUGGGUCCUCGGGGUGGCCCUGUGGGCUCACAAGAGCUUCCGCACACCGCAGGUGGCCCAGAACGCAGCCCUGUACACGGGGGACCCCAGCCUGGGGCUGGAGCUGUUUGAGGCGGCCGGGGACAUCUUCUUCAAUGGGACCUGGGACCGGGAGAAAGCCGUGUCCUUCUAUCGGGAUCGGGCACUGCCCUUGGCCUCGACCACCGGGAACCAGGAGGCUGAGCUGCGUCUGUGCAACAAGCUGGUGGCGCUGCUGGCGGAGCUGGAGGCCCCCCAGGAGGGCCUGGAGUUCGCCCACAUGGCACUGGCGCUCAGCAUCACCCUGGGGGACCGGCUGAACGAGCGAGUGGCCCACCACCGGCUGGCCGCCCUGCACCGCCGGCUGGGCCACGGCGAGCUGGCCGAGCACUUCUACCUCAAGGCGCUGUCCCUCUGCAGCUCGCCCCUGCAGUUCGAAGAGGAGACGCUGUACUACGUGAAAGUGUACCUGGUGCUUGGGGACAUCAUCUUCUACGACCUGAAGGACCCCUUCGAUGCGGCCGGGUACUACCAGCUGGCCUUGGCAGCGGCCGUGGACCUCGGCAACAAGAAGGCCCAGCUGAAGAUCUGCAUGCGCCUGGCCACCAUCUACCACAACUUCCUCCUGGACCGAGAGAAGUCCCUCUUCUUCUACCAGAAGGCCAGGACCUUCGCGACCGAGCUCAACAUCCGCAGGGUCAACCUCGCCCCCGGGCGGUGCUGGGGGCGGGCGCCCUGGCUGGUCCCUGAGCCCGCGCCCUGAGGACCCCUGUCCUCGCCUCUCCUAGUGUCUCUGGGGGGCUCAUUCUGGGAAACGGAGGCAGGAAGGGAGGGGUGCAAUAGCAGUAAAUGACUUUGCGGAAGCCCGCAAGCCCCCUCCCCUACUCUGCCUCCCAGGGAGGUCCAGGGACCAGGCUCCGUCCCUGGGGACCCACCCUGCUGCCGGGAGCCGGAAGGACUGGGUCCGACCGACCGGGGCCAGCUCCCCCUGCCCGCACGGUGUGGCCUCAGGCAAAUCACGCCCCUCACACCCCUGCCCUGCCUGGCAGGGCGGAAGACGGUGUGGGAUUCCCUGGGCGUCUUCCCCCUUCCUGGCGCCCUCGCUGUGUGUCAGGCUCUGUGCUCUGGCGUGAGUCCUCACCCCCACCACACCGGGCCCACACUGUUACUGUCUCCAUUUCCAGUUGAAGAGGCGGAGGCACAGAGAGGGUAGGUGCCUGGCCUGCCCUCACACAGCAGCCAGGUGGGGCCUGGGUUGUGUCCGCCUCGGGACCCAGGGGCGGGUCCUGGAAGGUGUUAGCGUCAUUGCACCUUCGCCCCUUUCUGUCCCGAAGGCAACAGAGCCUGGGAACAUGCUUGUCCCCUGAGUGUCCUCUGGCCCAGCCCCCCAGUCCUGCAGGCCGGCAGGCGCGGGGCCCAGCCCUGUGCAGAGUUGCUGCUGUGAGUGCAGUCAGGGGCCCAUCUGGGCGCCAAGGGCCUGGAACGCUCCCUUUACAGUCAGGGAAACUGAGGCUCAGAGAGCCCGCCCGUGUCCCAGCGCUUCUCACCGCACCGCAGUUUCGAUCUGUUCUUCUUUAAUUUAUUUUGUUACAUAAGGUGAAAUUCACAUAAAAUUAACUAUUUAAAGUAAA